AUGGCCCUCGCAGCCGAGACCCAGUCAAUUGUCAACCAGUUCGAAUACACGGACGAUGAUGUCAACAAGGGCGUCAAAGAAUUCCUCCGCCAGAUGGCCGAGGGCCUGGAGAAGGACGGGACAAGCUUGAGCCAGAUUCCCACCUAUGUCACGGGGGUUCCCAACGGUACCGAAAAGGGCCUGUAUAUGGCUGUUGACCUCGGUGGUACCAACUUCCGAGUUUGCUCGGUAAAGCUCAAUGGCGAUGGCACAUUUAACAUUACCUCCGACAAGGUUGCGGUGCCGAAGGCGCUGAUGGUCGCGAAGACGGCCGAAGAACUGUUCGCCUUUCUCGCCCUGCAGAUCAAGAAGUUUCUCGAGAAACACCAUGGCGAUCACUUUGAAGCGCACAUCAGACGCCGGAUGACUGUGAGCUCGCCCGAGGGUUACAAGGAUGAAAACGUCUUCCGCAUGGGUUUCACCUUCAGCUUCCCCGUGCAGCAAAUGGGGAUCAACAAGGGCACUUUGAUAAGAUGGACAAAGGGCUUUGAUAUCCAAGACGCGGUCGGAAAGGACGUGUGUGCUCUUCUGCAGCAAGAGAUUGACAAGCUUCAUCUUCCCGUGAAGGUGGCUGCUCUUGUCAACGACACCGUCGGCACACUCAUGGCCCAUUCGUACGGGGCGCCGGGCAGCCACGGCGCGGUGCUGGGUGCCAUCUUCGGCACUGGGACCAACGGCGCUUAUGUCGAGAAGCUGUCCAACGUAAAGAAGCCGAUGGUGGGCGAGUACGAUACCUCUACCGGGGAGAUGGUGAUCAACACGGAAUGGGGCUCGUUCGACAACCAGCUCAAUGUCCUCCCCAACACGCCUUGGGAUGUCGUUCUAGACAAACAGAGCGUGAACCCGGGCUUCCAGAUGUACGAGAAGCGAGUCUCGGGCAUGUUCCUCGGAGAAAUUCUGCGGUUGGUUAUCCUCGAUCUGCUGAAGAAUCCCGACGUCUCCUUCUUGAAGGACGAUAACUCAAGCACCAACGACCUGAGGUCAACAACCGACAUUGCCGAGACAUCGAGCAUCUUCCAGCAAUGGGGAGUGGACAGCUCCAUCCUGUCGGUCGCUGCCGGCGACCACACGCCGGCGCUCACCCUCCUCCGCAAGGGUCUCGAUGACAACCUGCAAAUUCACGCCGCCGCGUACGAGGAUGCGCAAGCGAUCAAGUCCGUCGCCGACGCCAUUGGCCGCCGUGCUGCUCGCCUCGCGGCCGUUGCCAUUGCUGCUAUCGUGCUGCAAACAGGCAAGCUCAACGACCCGGCGCACAAGGACGAGCCCAUCGACGUGGGUGUCGACGGCAGCCUGGUCGAGCACUAUCCGUACUUCCGGGAGAUGAUUCACGAGGCGCUGAGCAUCGUCGACGGCAUCGGAAAGGAGGGCGCCAAACGCAUCCGCAUCGGCCUUGCCGAGGACGGCUCAGGCGUCGGUGCUGCCCUCAUCGCGCUGGUGGCCGCGGGCAUGGAGAAGAACACCACCGAUGCCGAGGAGAUCUUGGGCGAGCUUCGUUCUACCGCAAAGGCUCAGGCGGCUGCUUCGGUGGACGACGAGAAAGCCACUUCUGAUUAG